CAGCGGCCCGGCCAUCCCAGAAGCAAUGAAAGAGUUAAGGAGCUCAGAGUCGCUCAGAGUCUCUGCAGUACGGAGCAGAUGCAUCGGAAGGACGCAGAGACAGUCCGACUCAUCAAUGGUGGGAGAUGCGUCUCUUCCUCUUGCACGUGGGGACCAUUAGCGACACCUUCCAGUUCUGGGCCGUUUUUAAACCGCAUCAAAUCAGAGAAGUAGACAACUGAAAGUCACUAAGUUCCCUUUUCUACCAAUAAAGUUGAAGAAGCGCGUUUGGUCACGUACUGUGUCUGGAUCAUCCUGCAGACUAAGAACGAUCACCAUGUCAAGUUGCUCUGACACGCUGCGCUUCAACCUGCGGGCCCACGGGGACUCCGUCCUGUACAAGAUGAACGCUCUGAGAGAAGAGCAUCGCUUCUGCGACGUCACACUCAUCCUCGGGAGCGCAAACGCCUCCUCUGGCCCGUCUGUCCACUUCCGUGGUCACAGGGUGGUACUUGCGGCCUCCUCCGACUUCCUGCGCGAUCAGUUCCUGCUCCACGGAGAGCAGGCGGAGAUGAGCCUGGCCGUAGUUUCCUGCGUGAGAGUCGCCAAGACGCUGCUGCUGUCCUGCUACACCGGGCUCCUCGAGGUACCUGUGGCAGAACUGAUCACCUACCUGACUGCAGCCAGCGUCCUCCAGAUGAGCGAGGUGGUGGAUAGAUGCACUCAAGCCGUGUCGCAGUACCUCAAACAUUCGGCCAAGUUUUCGGGCGAACCUGCAAGACGCUCCGAGGAGACCGAGCACCAGCAGCCGUACAGAAACUGGCUGGUUUCCAGUGUCGUCGAUGGUAGGGAAAAGGAUGUGGUCCAGCCCGGCACCAGCAUCCAGGAAGAUAAGACAAAGGUAGGGGGAGCGGUUCUUGGUCGGGCAAUGUGUGGGGGCAGCCAAGAAUCUGAGGUGCGCAGCGAACACACCGGAGAGACCGUAGAGGACAGGAAGUUCGUGAGACCUACAAAGGAGUCGUCAGGGGAUCGGGGAUUAGAUCUUGACACCUUUGAGUCAGAGGAAGGUGGAGGAAACCCCGCAGCGGCUCUCAAGGAGAGGGUUUUCCAAGACCUCGCCGCCUUCCCGCCUUUUGAGAUCGGAAGUAACUCGGCUCGCGCACAGCCGGUGGACGUCGGCCAGAAACGACAGAAACAGGUAGAGCAGGGGGAAAAACCAGAGAAAAACGCCGCUGCACUCCAAGCCCAACAGGAACGUGGCGGAGAGCCGACAGCUUCUGAAACCUCUGCCCUCUCGGGAGCGCACCCGGCAAAGACGGCAGGAGACGCGCCGGAGGCCUCACACGCCGUCCUGGCUCAGAGGCCGUACCUGUGCAGGAGGUGCGACAAAGUCUUCCAGCGCCUGGAGAGCUACGUGGGCCACCUGAAGGAGCACAGGCAGUACUCCUGUUUGGUCUGCGGGGAGGGCUUUCCCCACAAGAGCAAACUCAGCCGCCACGUGCGCGUCCACCCCGACGCCAAGCCCUUCAGGUGCCCGCUGUGCCACGAAGUGUUCCUCCAGAAGGGGUCACUGCAAGAACACCUGCACGUGCACACGGGAUGCAAGUACGCUCUGGACCCGACGUGCAAAUCAGGUUUGCGAGGCCGAGACGGAGAAAGAAAUGGCCAAAGUGGAACGAUAGCUCAAGCAGAGGGUGGAGAAAGUUAGGAUCAAAGUGGGAUUAUUGCUGGUUUACAUUUGGGAAAAUUGGAAUGGCUUCAUUUAAUAUUACUUUUUUUUUCUUUGAAUAGAAAAAUAUAAAUGUUGAAUGCUAUAUUAGGUAGUGGGCCUCAUGUCAUUGAAGUUUUUCUGCGUCAGAUAGCCAAUUGUUGUUGAAAAUGUUUUGCUGUCUGUCUCUGUUCAGAAUGAGUGGGAAUUAAAAAAAAUGUAUCUCUGUGCUUGAUAUCUUAGAAGAACAUCUUACUUAUUCAAGCCGCACAUUUCUUAUCCCCAAUGCAGAAAUACAAUUAUAAUUUGUACACCAUCCCUGUCGUUCUAAUAAAACUUGAUGUCUUGA